AUGAGUUACGACACGGCCGUUGAGAGCCAGUCGGUGCCGUCGCGCGGCGGAGCGAUCUCGAUGGAGCAGCACCGGCGCGGACGGCUGCUGAAGCAGCAGCUGCAGCUGGUGGCGCGGAAGACGCCGGACGGCAAGGAGCGGAAGGAGAUCGCGGUGAUCCCGGAAACCCUAUCCUUCGAGAAGGGCUUCUUUCUGUUCAUUCGAGCCGUGCAGCUGCUGACUCAGAACAACGAAGGCAUGGUGCUGGUGGGACUCGCGGGCCCGUCUGGCGCCGGCAAAACAGUCUUCAGCGCCAAGGUGCUCAACUUCAUGCCUGGCAUCACGGUGAUCUCUAUGGACAACUACAACGUGGCGAGUCGCGUCAUCGACGGCAAUUUCGAUGACCCGCGAAUCACGGACUACGAGCUGCUGCUGAGCAACCUGCAGGGACUGAGGGAGGGGCGCACGGUUCAAGUACCAAUCUAUGACUUCAAGAGCAGCACGCGUGUGGGAUUCAGAGAAGUGAAGGUCCCCAAGUCACGCAUUGUGAUUAUAGAGGGCAUCUACGCACUCAGCGAGCGCCUCCGACCUUUACUGGACCUGCGCGUGUCUAUAACGGGUGGAGUACACUUUGACCUCGUUAAGAGAGUGCUGCGCGACAUUGAUCGGUCGGGGCAGGCCCCCGAGGAGAUUAUACACCAGAUCUCAGAGACAGUGUAUCCGAUGUACAAGGCGUUUAUAGAGCCUGAUUUGCAGACGGCACACAUAAGGAUUGUCAACAAGUUCAACCCGUUCUCAGGGUUCCAAGAUGCUACUUACAUCCUCAAGGCGCCCGAAUCCGACCCUGCCGAAGCUGAGGCUCGGAUCCGGUCCGUGCUGUCUGCCGAGGCGGUGGCAGGUUCGGAGAGCGAGGAGACGUAUGAUAUUUACCUGCUGCCGCCCGGGGAGGACAAGGAGACGUGCCAGUCGUACCUGCGAAUGCGCAAUCGUGAUGGGCGCUACUCCCUCAUGUUUGAGGAAUGCGUGACAGACGGCCCCUUUGUGAUAACCCCACGCAUCACGUUCGAAGUGAGUGUGCGGCUGCUUGGGGGCCUCAUGGCGCUGGGCUACGAGAUGGCGCACAUCCUCAGGAGGGAGUCUCGCGUUUUCAGGGACAAGCAGCAGCACGUUGUCGUGAAAGUCGACCGCCUCGAGCAGAUCAAGAAGACCUUCAUGCAGGUGCAAGGCAAGGACCGGAAGAAGGUCAGGGAGAUAGCAGCGCAGCUGGGCAUGGAGGGGCGGUACAGCCCGCGGCUGUACAUCGAGGAGAUUCAGCUGCACAACCUGACAGAGGAAGUGCAGGCGCUAUCAGCAGAGAGUGUGCUCAAGGAGCGGUUCAGAGUGGCCGAUCACCUGCUGCCCUCCCCCAGUCCCAUGGGUGGUGCCCCCCUUUCCUCCUCCCUCACUCCUCCGCUCGUCUCCUCGUCUUGGACCCUCGGCCACAAGUUUGACCAAUCCAACUGGAGCAAGGACCGGCAGGGCGGGCGAAUCAACGCCUCUCCGGACAGACUCGAGGCCUCCCCCACUACCUCUGCUAACGACACACCCUCAAGGCGACACAGGCGGGAAGGGGACGGGGAGGGAGCGGGUGGGGUGGGGAGGCAUGCGGAUAGUACAGGAGACGGGGGGAGCAGCAGGAGAGGAGGGGGUGGGAAUGGUAGUGGCAGCAGGAGUCGAAAUAUGGGUCAUGUAGGGGUUGGGGAGGAGGAAGGAGUGGAGGGAGGAGGAUCGGGGGAAGCAGGGAGAGUGACGUCCCUGGUUCAAUCCCAGGAGCGGAUCUCUGAGCAGCUGACACAUGUCACCGACCGAUUGGACGAGCUGCUUUCGCGAUUAGAUCUUGCUUCGGCCGGACCGGCGGGGUCUGGAAGCGGUAAUGGGGGUGUGGUAGGGAAUGGUGGCAGCAGCAACAUCCAAUUAAGUCCUGCCACAUCAGCGUUGACCAGCCAGCUGGUGUCAGGGGGGAAUGGGAUGCUGGGAGGGAAGAACGGGAGUAGAGGAGAGCUGGCAGGGCCGAUUGAUAUAGGGACAGGGAAUGCGGUGGAGCGGAGGAAUGGAGGUGGAGGUAGUGGGGGGAGUGGUGGAGGGAGUGGUGGUAAGGGUGGGAGUGGUGGGGGUGGCAGGCUCACUCCUGUGUCUACUGCUGCUGCUGCUGCAGGGGGUGGUGUGAUUGGCAUGAUGAAUGGUGCUGCAUUGGGUGUGAGUGGUAACAGUCAGUGUUACGAUGUGAAUGUGAUGAAUGGGGUUGGGAGCGGUGCAGAGGGGCGAGGGGCAGCAGCACCAGGAUCAGCAGCGGCGGCGCUGGUGGUAGAGGUGAAGGAGAUUGCCAGCAACCAAAGAAGGCUAGCAUCUGAGCUCGAUUCGUUGAGUCGCCUCCUUCGGGACUCACUAGACUCUGACGGUUCCUCCUCUGCUCGCCUCCGCUCCUCCCACCCCCACCACUGUCACUACUCGCUCUCUUCUUCCUCCGCCUCUGAUUGGUCCUUCUCUCGAGCAGCGGCAGCUGUUGCACUGCCAGCUAUUGCUGCCUGUGCCGUUGGGGUGGGGGUGGCUGUGCUGAUGAGAGCAAAGCGGUCAGGUUAG